AUGGCUUCAUCAGACGACAAACCAGAGACAAUCACCGGCGGCUGCGUCUGCGGUUCAGUCCGCUACACCGUUACCUUUCCCCCCAACCACGAUUUCGCCAACAGAUCAACGACCUGCCAAUGCGAGCAGUGCCGCAAAAACACAGGCUCCCUCAUCUUCCGCUCCCACAAGGUGCCCAAGUCCGCCGUCGCCUUCACGGCCCAGUCGACGCUCAAGCUCUACUCGGCCACGCCGCACUGCGAGCGCGGCUUCUGCGCCAACUGCGGCAGCUUCUUGUUCUGGCAGCGCGACGAUCGCGAGGACACGUGCCUCACCGUUGGCUGCUUCGACGCGCCCAUCCUGGCGCGGUACGGGCCGCUGCUGACCAAGGCCAGGAGGCACCUUUUCUGCGAGAGGGAGGUGCCCGGCGUGACGGACCAUUUGGUUGGUAAUAGGUUUGCUGGUGAUGAUGAAUGA